AUGCCAGUGGGCGGUUCGGUUCAUGGUCCACAGUAUAUACCAACUCCAGUACAUAUUCAUGGUAAUCAUGAGAGUACAUUUGCAGAAGUAAGAAGAGAGAUGUUAGGACAAAGAACAACAUCUCAAACAGUAUCCGAAACUCCACCAUCUCAACUCGGACAGAGACCAAUUACUACAUCGAAUGCCAAUACAAAUUCAAAGGCAACAUCAAGUUUAAAGAGUACUGCUGCCAAGGCAGGAUGGACAACAACAAAGAAAAUCAUUGUUGGCGUUAUCAUAGGUAGUGUUGCGGUUGUUGCUAUCAUCAUAGCAAUUGUUGUGGGCGUUUUAGUCUCGCGAAAAUCAGCUUCAACGGCAACGGCAACAACUACACAAGCAACAUCUGUAACCAUUGCAUAUUGGUCUUUCGAUGCUAUAACAACAGAUCUCUAUAAUGUGUAUAAUGGAAUAUUGGUGAAUAGUGCAUCAUACUUUUCAAAUACAAUUAAUAGUCCGUAUGUUGGCAAUGGUAGAGGUCUUUCGUUGACAUCGUCAUCAAAUCAAUAUUUUACUGUUUCAAGUCCAUUUCUUGAUCUUUCUAAUAAAAGUUUUACUAUUGAAGCUUGGAUUUAUCCAAUAAUUGGUAGUACAGUAGAUUUCGGUAUAUUUGGCCAAUGCCAAUGUGGAUCAUGUUCUAAUCAAUGUCUAUAUUUUAUUAUUCGAUCAUAUAAUUUGUAUGUUAGUUUCAUGAAUAAUGAUUUAAGUGGUAGUAUAACAUUGUCUAAUAGUGUUUGGUAUCAUGUAGCUUUUGUUUACAAUUACGAUAAAAAACAACAAAUCUUAUAUGUUAAUGGAGUGCAAGAUACAAUAAAAUCCAAUGCAAAUGCCUAUCAAGGUGCAAACGGGUCACUUUUGAUUGGCGCAGCUCAAGUUUAUCUAACAACAAGUUAUUUUAAUGGCUAUAUUGAUAAUUUUAAAAUAUCAACAACAGCAAAGUCUGCAACAGACAUCUUAAGUCUAGCUUCUGUGACAGCUUAUUUUUCAUUUGAUCUGUUAAAUCCGAGUAAUGAUAAUGGUCCACUUGGCUUGAAUGGCACAGCUGUCAAUACAGCUAUUAUAUCUGGCCGUGUUAAUGAAGCGAUGCGUUUUUCUGGUUCAUCAUCAUAUUUUUAUGCAUAUGGAUUUUAUCAGAUUGGCUAUGGUGUUUUGGCAAACAAACCAUUUUCAAUAUCUUUUUGGAUUAACCCAACGGCGAUUGCUAGCUGUGCUGUAAUUCAGACAACUCAAUCUGCAACUAGUUCUGGAUGUUAUAACGUUAUUGGUUUUUAUUCAGCUACAGGUUCAGCAAUGCAAAUUAUCGUACAAGGCUAUGCUUGGUAUAGUAUGUAUGGUCCUUUUAUUACAACAAAUACAUGGACACAUAUUUCAACUACAUACAGCCAAACAAAUGGACUUCGAUUGUAUGUGAAUGGAGCACUUUUUGGUAACACUGGUACUUUCACAUCUUCUAGUAGUGGUCGUAUAAUGUAUUUACAGCUAGGAUAUAAUUAUGUUUGCUCAUCAAGUUCUAUUACGAAUAGUGCUUUUCAAGGUUCAAUGGAUGAAGUAUAUGUUCACAAUCGUGAAAUAACUCAAAGUGAAAUUACUGCUCUAGCAAAUCCAUAA